AUGUCCCCCCACUCCUCCUCUAACCGCUCGAGCCUUGAGCCGAGCAGCAACCCGUCCAGCCCGUCUCCAUCGCCUGCCGGGACGCCACCAGACCCGCCGAGGAAACGCACAAGAGCCAGCAAGCCCAAGCAACCCGCCUGUCUCCGAUGCACCUCGACCGGCCGGACAUGUGACGGUUACGACAAAGCCGCCCUCGCCCGGUACCGCUCGCCAGAUCCGAACCAGACGGCAGAGCGAGCCAGGGCCGAGUUUGUGAGGGCAUGCGAGUGGAACGAGACCCUCCGGUCCAUGCGACGGAUCGAGGCCGACAUCGAUGGAACCGAGACCGAGAAGCGACUGUUCGCCCGCUUCCGGGCUGCCACGGCCGACGGGGUUGCCGCACACCUCUGCAACUUUGCAGCCUUUUGGCGGAGGUUGAGUCCAUCGACCGGCUGCCAGGACGACGCCGUCAAGCAUGCCGUGAUAGCCUUGGCCGCCGCCUACCAGCUCUUCCAAUACCCGGACGAGCCCGUCAUCGAUGGUUUCGCCCGUGGAGAUCUCGAAGUCUUCACCAUUCAGCAAUAUAGCCGGUCCAUCGAGCGGUUGCAGAACCAUGCCGGUUCCUCGAGCCCGGAGAGCCUCCGCUUGACACUCGUCUGCUGUUUGGCCUUCAUCUCGCUUGAGACCCUACGUGGUAACCACGAGAUAGCCGUCACUCACCUCACCAACGGCCUGCGUAUCCUCCAAUCCCUCCCUGAUUCCACCUUUGACUGCCUCGCCGAUGGCUCUAUGUUUUGCUGGCCGUCGAGCCGGGACUCGCUGCUCAUGUCCGACAUCGUCCAGCUCUUCGCCCGGUUCGAGCUGUCGGCGUGCUUCUUCACCCACGGCAUCCAGCCCGUCAUCUCGGCGCGCGGGUACCUCACCCGCCGUUUCGACGACGGCUCCACCUACAACCUCUUCCACGACGUCCUGCACGCCCACAUGGCCAUGUCCUGCUUCCAACACGACGUUCCCUGCCACGAUCACCAGCAACCAACAACAGACGGCAGACAACAACACGCCUUCACCUCCCCAGCCCAAACACCAAGACCAACACCAUCAACUCCUCCCCACCAACCCAGACCGCGACCCAAGCCUCCUACCCACAAUCCUACAUCUUCGCCUCGCGCCUGUGCGCCAACACCCGCGACAGCCCCAGCACACCUCUGUUCCCCACCGCCGACGCCCACACUCACCUCCUCGGACCCCUCUAUCCUCGUCGCCACGCAUACCCCCGACCCGGACACGCGCGCCGCGGCGGCCGCGUUGCUGGCGGAUGCGCUGCAUCGCGGGGGGUUGGCCGAGGUUGGUGUUGUCAGUAUUGGUGGGGUGGGGGAGAGGGGGCGUAGUCGUGCGCGGCAGCUGGGGGUGGGAGUGGGGUUGGGACUUGGGUUGGACUUGGGGAUGGAGGCGGCGAGGAGGGCGCAGAGGACGUUGAGUGUUGUGGGGAGGGUGGUGGCGGGGGCAAGGGAGAGGGAGGCGAUGGUUGCGGUGGGGGGGAGUGGGAGCGGUGUGGGUGGUGUUGGUGGUGUUGGUGGGGGGUUGUUGCUGACGUCGUCGGUUGAGGUGCCGCGGGCGUUGAUGGGUGCGGGGUGUCUCUCCCGCGCUUUGGGAUGGAUUGGUUGCUGCUGCGGCUUCUUCGUUGCUGGAACGGCCCGGGAUGGGAUGGUAUAA